CAACCACCGGAGCUCACCCCCUAUAGUCUUUUUUGUGUGUGGGUCGUGUUUCCCCUCAAUCUCACUUUUUCCCCUUUAGCCAACAUGGCUUGUGGAGCUACGUUAAAGCGGUCGAUGGAGUUUGAGGCCCUCCUCAGUCCCCAGUCUCCCAAGCGGAGAAGGUGCACUCCACUACCGGGGACUCCCAGCACUCCGUCCCCGCAGAGAUGCAACCUCCGUCCCCCAGUCGACAGCCCAACGCACUCGAUGUCUCCCCCGGCGAUAGGAGGCGAACACAGGCUCACACCAGAGCAAAUCUUCCAGAACCUGCGUCAGGAGUACAGCCGGAUCCAGAGGCGGCGACAGUUGGAGGGGGCCUUCAACCAGACCGAGGCCUGUAGCUCCAGUGAUGCCCCCAGCCCCAGCUCCUCCCUCAACGCCCCCAGCUCCCCACCAGGUGCCUCAAGGAAGGACCAGCCCUCGUUUACACUGAAGCAGGUGAGCUACCUGUGUGAGAGGCUGCUGAAAGACCACGAGGAGAAGAUCCGGGAGGAGUACGAACAGAUCCUUAACACAAAACUCGCAGAACAAUAUGAAUCUUUUGUGAAAUUCACACAAGACCAGAUCAUGCGAAGAUACGGAGCCAGGCCUGCUAGUUACGUCUCCUGAGCUCACAUCGAUGAGAUUUCCAGCUUCCUCUCACAAGAUGGCUGCUCUUCUUCGGGCCCCCUUCCACUUGAUUUUUAUUUUAUUUACCAAUCCCCCUCCGUCUCAAACUGUCGGGUGCAAUGGUUUAUCCCUCUUUUUAAUCCAAAUGUUAAUUUCUUACUUUGAAACUAUAGCUGCUGGCCAAAAGCUAGAAGAAUCUGAAAGAUAAAAGCCCAAACGUUUCCCUUGUUGAUAUACUCUUUCUGGAAAUCCUGACAAAAAGCAGAUCUGUGUCAAAUCUCUUGCUGGCGCUGUAGAAAAAGCUUAUUGGCUCGAGUGAUCUUUCUGUAUAACCUUCCAGCAGCUGUAUUUAUAGGCUCCCGCUUCUCACGUUGUCCCGCUUUCCUUCCCCGUCCCUUCCCCCUCCUCUCUCUCCCCCCCCUCCUCACUCUUUACCUGAGAAUGUGGAUUUUUCUUCCUUUUGAAAAAAAUAAAGUUCAGUGUUUAAAAUG